ACUUGACUUCCGGGUGGCAUCGGAAGUAGUAUUGGUCAUGUUAGAAGCGAGAUCUCAAAUCGUGUAUCGAUAGAAGAUGGGGAAAGGCAAAACUCCCGGUAUCGCUAAUAAGGAAACUUUUCAACGUAUCAACUUUUUGUAUCAGGCAGCGCACCAGUGUCUGGAGACCUCUCCACAUGAUGUGAGUCUGUGCCGGUAUUACAUUCACACACUGAAGACACUUGCCAAGAGACAAGUUCUCCGAUUACACCCAGACAUGAGGCGAACGCUGUGCAAGAUGUGCAGUGUGCUGCUGUUGCCGGGGGUGACAGCAAGAGUCCGGACAGGCAAGAAACAGAUCAAGUUAACACAAGUCACCUGUUUGGAAUGUGGAGCUAGCAAGAGGUUUCCAUGGAAACCAGAUCAUCAGCUUUGGGCAGACACAGAAGAGGCAUGGCUUGCAAAAACCUGAUCCUCCUGAAGACACACAGAGGCUUCAUCACAGGUCGUCAGAUUGGGUUUUCCAAAAAUGGAACACUAUGUGUCUGAAAUCUGAAGUAUCCCUGUGGAGCAUGUUUAGAGAUGCAUCCUUUAGGCUUGUCAGAAACCUGUGAUCUUCCCCGAUUCCCUGGACAAUAUUUCUAGGUUUGUCAGCACUAUACCUGUGCUCCUGGGUAAACCAAAGUAAACUAUCAAUUUGUAAGUCCUGCAUCACAGCUUUAAGAGUGAGGAAGGCUGGAUGAGGAACAGUAUCUCUUUUGGGGCAGUCACCCAGAGGCCUGGGAUCUGUGAACAUUGUAUGUCCAUGUUUAAAGUCACUUCAGGAAGCCUGAAGUGGAGUGUUUCUCUUUCUGUGAAAAGAAAAGAAAAUGAAAUACAUACAUCUAGCUCUACAACAGAAAUAGUCACAACAAUGCUGGCAGGUAUUGAUAGUAACGAGGAACACAUGCAAGUACUGGCCUGUGAUUCACGCUACUUGAGCUAGUGUUGAAUACAUACCACCUGUGUUUCUCUAUCUUUCUUCUUCUUACCAUUAUGUAAAAGAUGGAGAAUGUGUUCAUUCAACAUGGGACCACCUCCGUGGUCUAGUGGUAGAGCAUCUGCCCAGAGAGCAAAAGGUCCGGGUUCGAUCCCUGGCUAUGUCAUACCAAACUAUGUUAAAAUAUGGUAAUUCUUGUUACCCUGCCUGGCACUUGGCAUUAAGGGGCUAAAGCAAGGACGGGCCGGGUCGGAGACAGUCUCUGUGUAUGAGUGAGGUAUUCAUGUUAAACUGUGGCAUGGUAUCUCAGUGGGCUAGCAGUUGGUCACAACUAGUACAAGAGGCCACACACACAUGUGCAUGCACGUCAUUAUAUAAGUGCAAUAAUCUUGAAACAUGAUGUUAACCCCAUUUCACAUCAUUCAACACGGUUGACAGAUCAUAGAUAUUGAAAGAAGUGAAAGGAAUUAAACUUUGUGAAGAUA